GAGAGAAAAGUUUUUAGAGUCCUCCUUUCCUCCAUAUGUUUUUGUUUGGGGAAAAGUUGUGGGUGGCCGAUCGUGUGAAUGGUUUUUAACCCCUUCGCCGUAGGAGAAUGAUAUAUUUAAUAUUUGGGAGAUAGAAACUAAGGGGAUAUGCACGUGGUAUAAGUAUAAUUUUUACUUUUUUGUUAGCUCUGGCCAGUGCAAACUUACUGGCUAGCGUUGUAAGAGCAUUUCACCUCACCCCUUUUUCCCGUUAGCCUGCUAGCUUUCUCUUUCAUAGCUUUUGUGGGACAGCUGAAAAAAGGGUUUGGAGAAAUGGCGGAAACCAAAAUAAUAUACCACAUCGACGAGGAGGAGACGCCGUAUUUGGUGAAGAUCCCGAUCCCUGCCGAAAAUAUCACUUUGUUGGAUUUUAAACAGGUAUUGAACAAGCCCAACUACAAAUUCUUCUUCAAGUCUAUGGACCAGGACUUCGGGGUGGUGAAGGAAGAGAUCUCAGAUGAAAGUGCCAAGCUCCCCUGCUUCAACGGACGAGUGGUGUCCUGGUUGGUAUCAUCAGACACCCCAGCAGCAGCAGCAGAGCUGGUAUCACCAGUCCUUCCUCCACCCCCAGCAGAAGUCCGGCCCCUGCCCUCACCCCCUCCUCCUCCCCUCCCACCCCCACCUGUCGAGAGGACCGGGGGCAUCGGUGACUCCAGACCCCCAUCGUUCCAUCCCAAUGCAGCAGGCAGUGUGGAGAACCUGGAUGACCAGUCAGAAACAGAGUCUGUGGUGUCCUUUAGGAGAGAGAGACCCAGACACAGGGAGGCCAUGGAGCAACGUGGGCCGAGGAUGAAUGGCCAGAGCGGCAUGGAGCAACACCUAGCGGGCUAUGAGAGCGCUACCACUGUGAUGAGCAGCGAGCUGGACACCACCAGUUUCUGUGACUCUGAGGAGGACGACACCAUGAGCCGAUUCAGCGGCUCCACGGAGCAGAGCACGGCGUCCAGGCUGCUCAAACGCCACCGCAGACGCAGGAAACAGCGCCCCCCGAGGCUAGAAAGGGCAUCGUCGUUCAGCAGUGUGACAGACUCCACCAUGUCUCUGAACAUCAUCACCGUCACACUCAACAUGGAGAAGUAUAACUUCCUGGGUAUCAGCAUCGUGGGGCAGAGCAACGAGAGGGGAGAUGGGGGCAUCUACAUCGGCUCCAUCAUGAAGGGAGGGGCGGUGGCCGCAGACGGACGCAUCGAACCCGGGGACAUGCUCCUACAGGUGAACGACAUCAACUUUGAGAACAUGAGCAACGAUGACGCGGUACGCGUACUGAGGGAGAUUGUACACAAACCGGGACCCAUCAUCCUGACAGUGGCCAAGUGCUGGGACCCGUCACCUCAGGGCUACUUCACCCUCCCUCGCAAUGAGCCGAUCCGGCCAAUAGACCCAGCAGUGUGGGUGAACCACUCGGUGGCCCUGACGGGGGCUUACCCCCCCUACACCGCCAGCUCCGCUCUCAGCACAAUCACCUCUUCCUCCGUCACUGAGACAGAACGUUUUGAUGACUUCAACCUGUCCCUCCACUCUGACAUGGCGUCGGUGGCUAAGGCCAUGGCGUCCCCAGAGUCUGGCCUGGAGGUCAGAGACAGGAUGUGGCUCAAGAUCACCAUCCCCAACGCCUUCCUGGGUUCUGACGUGGUGGAGUGGCUUUACCACCACAUCGAGGGCUUCCAGGACCGCCGUGAGGCCCGGAAGUACGCCAGUAACCUGCUGAAGGCCGGCUUCAUCCGCCACACGGUCAACAAGAUCACUUUCUCAGAACAGUGCUACUACAUCUUCGGUGACUUCAGCGACUGCGAGAACUACAUGGCCAACCUGUCUCUGAACGACAACGACGGCUCCAGUGGGGCCUCUGAUCAAGACACCCUGGCCCCCCUGCCCCUCCCGGGGGUCACGCCCUGGCCCCUGCUACACUCCUUCCCCACCUUCCAGUACCCCCACCCCCACCCCUACUCCAGUCAGCCCCCACCCUACCACGAACUGUCCAGCUACAGCUUCGCCCCAGGCAGCACGGGCACAGCUAGCCAGCACAGCGAAGGGAGUCGGAGCAGUGGGUCUACAAAGAGCGAGGGUGGCGAGAGGAGGCGGGGAAGUAAGGGAGGUCCUGGCAGCACGGUUGGGGGAGGAGGAGGAGAGAAGUCCCCCUCUGGAGGGGAAGGGGAGGGCUCGGGCAGCGGCAGCGAAUCGGAAUACUCUGUCCGCAGCAGCCUGAGGCGGGGCCACGGCUCGGCCACGCCCAGUGAACACAGCCACACAUCCCAGCGCUCGCAUCAUCACCGCAUGCCCCCCCACAUGUCGCCCUACCCGCCUGGGAUGCCCAUGCCCUACAACCCUAUGAUGGUGAUGAUGGUGCCCCAACACCCACACAUGGGACACCCAAACAUGGGACACCCCCACCAGCACCACCCCUCGGUCCCCAUGCACCCAGGCAUGGGCCCCUCCGCUGUCCCUGGAGGACCACCCGGGGCCCCCCCAACCCGUGACCUGGGCUCUGUGCCCCCUGAGCUGACCGCCUCGCGCCAGUCCUUCCACCUAGCAAUGGGCAACCCCAGCGAGUUCUUUGUGGAUGUCAUGUAGUCUGAUGACGUGUGUGUGCGUGCGAGCUGGACAGACCUACAAUCAAGAGUUCAGAUCUAGGAGCAGCAACUCCCCCACAACGUUCAACAUAUCUUAUGACUCCAAAACAUGUUGCUGGAUUCCAUAUCAGAAAAGCAACUCCUCUCGUUUGAUUUCAAACGUGUGUGCGUGUGUAUUGGUUUAGUUCUGCCUCUCACACACCAUCUAAAGCUGUUGUGUGUUUUCUAACUGAUUUACCUUUUAGCAUUGUGUUUGUUUUUCCUACCUGGGACUGACUGACUGGCUGGUUGUAAGGAACAGUAGUGGUCUUUCAUUGAAUUGACCGAAGUAACAAAUGAACGGGCCAAAUGAAGAGCUGUCGUCGCCAAGUGUACUGAGAGGACUAGAACAGUAGAGGGCGCCACAUGCUCUUAUUUUCUAUUGGGAGGAAGACGUCUGAAAAGGUGAAAUUGAUCAUGUUUCCGUUGAUUUGUGAACAUGGUGAGACGUCAAGUAAAGUAUCCCAUUUUGUAUGAAUUUGUGUGCCAACUAGUUUUUUUAAAUUGUAUUUUAUUUUCCAUGAACUUGCCUUUUGUAUACAUCUAUAAUAACUCCCAAGUAAAUGGAAUAGUUCCGAAAAGUCAAUGCUUAUGUGAAGAUAUAGGCCAACUUCUGUCUAGCAUUCAGAGGAUAGAUACCUCAAAUGACAAGAAUGGGUACCAUGUAUUGUAACACUGUCUAGGAUUAUGUGGUAUAGGAAAUGGUACUAGGGGAGGAAGGAGAGGGCAUGCCAAAAACGGUACUUUUGGGAUUGAAUCAUGAGUUUUCUCUCUUUAAAUAACGGUGAUCCCACUCUCUUCUUGCCUCAUAUUUUGUAUGUUACUGACGCACGUAAGCAUCCAUUUUGUACGAGUGAAUAUAUAGAAGAUGGUAAUCUCGGUUAACCCAGAACCAAAAUCUUGAGUAACGCAGAUAUCUAUCCACGAGAGAUUAUGAUGAGGAUGUAUUACCUAACCAUAAUGGUGCUAAAUGAAGGCAAUAGUUUCAAAGUAUAGCAGUGUCACCUUGGUGUCAUUUUUGUUUGAUUUCAUUAUUGUCACUUUUGUUUCUGUAUUUGAGAAUAAAUUUGUAAUAGACUGAAAUUCAAAGACAUUUGUUUUUUCU